ACACACCUCCUCCAGCAGGAAUUACGUACUCAGCCCCGUCUCCCUCAGACUGAGUUGUUUUAGGCGCUCGGAAGGGCUAGGCGCAUAAUCUCAGCGCGACAGCACGUCUAGCUCCUCGAUAUUAACAAGAAGACACGCGAAGGACUGCCAUUCAUGAGCUGUCGUGUCCAGUGACCCGCUGGCGAUGGGAUCUGACCAGCAUACUGAUCCGCUCCACCAGCAGCGUCAGCAGCACCGGAGAGCGCGAUAGACGCAGGAACGCCUCGCGCGCCACUUUGGUCUUCGUUAGAGUUUUUUUUUUGUUUUGUUUGUUUGUACUAUAUUGAUGUUGGUCUCGUCGUCGCGCAUGCGUUACAGCGUGGUUGAAUUUUCUGGAGCGCUUCUUCAGACUAAGUUUGGGCUGCUGCUUCUCGGUCCAUGAUGAGAGGGAUGCUGAUAGCUCGGGAUCACUGGCGCGCGGGGAUCUUGUGUCUCCUUUUGCUCGUGGUUUUGACGGUGGGUCGUAGUCCGACAGCGCACAGUGUAAACGAACCAAGCAACAUGUCAUAUGUCAAAGUCACUGUGGAUAAACUACUCAAAGGCUACGACAUCCGCCUCAGGCCUGACUUCGGAGGUCCUCCAGUUGAUGUUGUUAUGAGUAUUGACAUCGCCAGUAUCGACAUGGUGUCGGAAGUGAACAUGGACUAUACCAUCACCAUGUAUUUCCAGCAGUCCUGGCGUGAUAAGUGCCUGUCCUACACAGGGAUUCCUCUCAAUCUAACUUUGGAUAACCGAGUGGCUGAUCAACUCUGGGUGCCUGAUACUUACUUUAUAAAUGACAAGAAAUCUUUUGUCCAUGGGGUCACAGUGAAGAACCGCAUGAUUCGCCUUCAUCCUGAUGGGACUGUGCUCUACGGCCUCAGGAUAACUACCACAGCUGCUUGUAUUAUGGAUUUGCGCAGAUACCCGCUGGAUGAGCAGAACUGCACGCUGGAGAUUGAAAGUUAUGGCUACACCACAGAUGACAUUGAAUUCUACUGGCAGGGAGGAAGUUCAGUGACGGGGGUGGACAACAUUGAGCUGCCACAAUUCUCUAUUAUUGAUUAUAAAACACUGUCUAAGAAAGCGGUGUUUGCCACAGGGUCAUAUCCUCGUCUGUCUCUCAGUUUUAAACUGAAGAGAAACAUAGGAUAUUUCAUCCUGCAGACCUACAUGCCCUCAACAUUGAUCACCAUCCUGUCCUGGGUCUCUUUCUGGAUCAACUAUGAUGCUUCCGCUGCAAGAGUUGCACUAGGAAUCACCACCGUUCUGACUAUGACCACAAUCAACACUCAUCUAAGGGAGACUUUGCCCAAGAUCCCUUAUGUGAAGGCCAUAGACAUCUAUCUGAUGGGCUGCUUUGUCUUUGUGUUCCUGGCCUUGCUCGAGUAUGCCUUUGUCAACUACAUAUUCUUUGGCCGUGGUCCAAACUUGCAGAAGAAAGUGUCAGAAAAAACUGCAAAAAGCAACAAUGAGAAGAGUCGCUUGGAGAGUAACAAAGUUCAGGUUGAUGUCCAUGGAAACAUUCCUCUAACAAACCUUGACCUGCGCCUUAGCGGGGCAGAUAUGUUAGGUGCUCUUGGGGACCCGAGGAACACCAUGUUCUCAUAUGAUAGUGCCAGCAUCCAAUACCGUAAGCCCCUUACAGGUCGGGACCUCUAUGGCCGGCCCACUGCCUCUGUCGAGAGGCCGAUGGCACAAAAAAAGAGUCAUCUGAAGAGGCGAGCCGCUCAGCUAAAGGUGAAGAUUCCCAACCUGACAGACGUAAACGCCAUCGACAAGUGGUCACGUGUCAUCUUUCCCAUCACCUACACCUUCUUUAACUUAGUAUACUGGUUGUAUUAUGUCCACUAGGGAGCAGCACUGACUCGACCCAGCCAUUCACACAUCAGGCUCUCUUACCCUCCUUGUGGUUUUGCCUGUCUUCUCUGUAAAUUAUUAAGAAUAUAUAAUAUAAAUCUACGUUAUAAUUUUUAAAUAAGACAAAAUAACCUAAAACGACUGCCCAACUUUUAAAACUGUUAAUUGUAGAUUACGUCACAAAUAUUAGUUACAAUUUUUGCCCUUUGCUUCUGUAGGACCAUUUUCACUAACUGCAGAAAGUAUAGCUUCAGAAUGGGGAGAAAAAGGCUUUUCUUUAGAGAUGACUGAACUGAAGCUGUAGACAGGCUUAAAUCUUAAAAACAGCAUUCAGAAGUUUGAUGUUUUCAUCAUCCAUCUUGCAUAUAUUGGAGGCCUGAAGGUCUUAAAGGGAUGUCCUUGGUUUAUUACAAGCUGUAUUGUGGUAUGAAUUUAAUUACAACAGAAAAUACUUUUAACUAAUUGCUCAGGUUUUAAUAAAUCAUUACAAUUGGGAAAGGAAUUACAAAUGACUUUUGUCUGGUACUUUUUAUACCCAGUAGAUUUUAUUAAAGAUGUAUCACUUUGUU